AAUAGCGCCAAUCAGACCCUCCUGACGCGGGAGCUACGCGAGUCAGUCAUCAUUUGAUAUACUAUCCUUCCACCCUCUUGCUUCCCGUCUUUCUCCUCUCACCCCAGCUCUCUCCACCUCGGAAUCAAAUCACACACAAUGGCCUCUCAUCCGGAAGAACACGUCGCUGCUCCAGCUCAGUCGGCUGUCGACGAGGUUGACGAAAAGACCACCACCAUUGCUGAGCCCAACGGCGAAGCUCCUACAGCAACCACCACCGCUCCGGCCACCGAGCCUGCUCCUGCCCCUGUCCAAGAUGCGGCCGCAGCUGCUGUGCCCGCUACCAACGGCGAAGCUGCUGUAGACGCCAAGAAGAAGCCCGAGGAAGCUGCUGCCACUGACGCUGCUACUGAUGCUGUUGUUGACGGUGCCGCGCCUGCUCCUCCAGAGGCAGUUGCCGCGCCCGUUGACAGCGCAAUCGCGACCGAGACGGCCACCCCGACCGAGCAGCAGCAGCAGCCGGCCGACAACGCCACUGCCGCGUCGAACGGCCCCGUCUGGCCCGAACUCAGCGACGAUCACCCCCUUGCGAAGAUGUGCAAAGAUCUGCCCGAGCUAAUCACCAAGGCCGACGGCGCCAACGAGGUCUACGGCAUUACACUUGAUGGCGCGAACCCCACCUUCCACACCAAGUUGAUAUUGCAAAAGUUCCUGCGCGCCAACGCCAACGACCUGCCCAAGGCGAAGGAGCAGCUCGUCAACACGCUCAAGUGGCGCAAGCAGAUGAACCCGCUCGACCUCGUCAACCAGACGUUUGACAAGAAGCGCUUUGGCGGCUUGGGCUACGUGAUUGAGGUUGAGGAUGUGCCUGGCAGCCCCAACAAGAAGGACGUCGUCACCUUCAACAUCUAUGGCGCGGUCAAGGACAACAAGGCUACCUUUGGAGAUUUGGAUGCUUUCACCAAGUGGCGCGUCGCCAUCAUGGAGAUGGGCAUCGCCAAGCUGAAGCUCAACGAGGCCACCACACCCAUCCCCGACUACGGCAAGGGCGUCGACCCGUACCAGGGCAUCCAGGUGCACGACUACCUCAGCAUCUCGUUCCUGCGCCAGGACCCGCACGUCAAGGUCGCGACCAAGGAGACCAUCAAGAUGUUCUCCAACUACUACCCGGAGACGUUGUCGCGCAAGCUCUUCGUCAACGUGCCCGCACUCAUGGGCUGGAUGUUCACGGCCAUCAAGGCCUUCCUGUCCAAGGAGACGGUGCGCAAGUUCACGGUCCUCAGCUCAGGCAACCAGCUCGCUAGCCAGCUGGGCGACGGUGUCCCGGAGCCGUACGGCGGCAAGGGCAUCAAGCUCGAGGAGUUUGCCGACACAACCAGGUGGAACUCGGAGGACCCGCCCGUGCCUGCUCCUGCUUCCCCAGCGCCCGCGGCAUAGUAACGGUUGGGUGGUUGGUUCUUGGCGGCAGCGAGGCUCUCCCGUCUCUCUGUCAUCCCUCUCUCUGCUAGCGUUUUUUUUAUUGUUUUUCCUCUCCUCCUCCUCGUUCGAGCAUUUGCACAAAGUUUCCGAUACCAAUUGUCACGCGGCUGCAUCGCGUAGGGUAAUUUCCACUGGCU